UGAGGUCAUAGGCAGGAAACAUCUCUGGCUGUCUGUCAUCGGUAUCUUGACAAGGGCUUAGAAUCGAUUGUUGGUAAAUCCUCUUCAGUUUAGGGAGACGAAAAAUGUAGUGCAGGAAUAUUGGAUGGAUACCACUGAGUGGUACCAGGAACUGUUUUCCACGAUUUUAACGUUUUUGUUCAUCGGAUACUUUCGUUUUGGCCGAUAAACAUCCGGAAGAGUAAUGACAAAUUUGACCGAGAAAUUAGGACGCUUUUAAAAGUUGAUCAUCGGUGGGUGAAUGUGGCAUUUACCCACAUCCAUGUAAGAAGACGAGGCGACAUGCGCCAUAUAGAUCCGUCGGUUCACAAACUAAUUGGAUAGCCUGGGAAAUCCUUAAUACAUCCGCUGCUACGACAGUGUGUGAGCUUAAGUCUCAGGCUACUUUUUCAGUUGACAAUUUAUCAAAAUAGGAAGGUAUAAAUAGGCUAAAUGAUAUUUAAUCAUGUCCCAUGCACAAAAUCAAGCAAAAGCGAUCCCGGGAUUGAAGAAGAGCGUUAUAACGGAAGAAUACAAAGUUACGAGUCAAGUACUUGGUAUGGGCAUAAAUGGCAGGGUCCUGGAAGUAUUUCGGAAGAGCAACGGUCAAAAGUACGCCUUAAAGAUGCUGCUGGACUGCCCCAAGGCUCGGCGAGAGGUGGAGCUGCACUGUCGAGCCUCUACAUGCCCUCACAUUGUGGGCAUCGCUGACGUCUACGAGAACCUCUACCAGGGCAAGAAGUAUCUCCUCAUCGUCAUGGAAUGUAUGGAAGGGGGUGAGCUGUUCAGUUGCAUCCAGAAGAGAGGAGACCAGUGCUUCACAGAGAGAGAGGCUUCAAACAUCAUGAAGCAUAUCGGAGAAGCCAUCCAGGCCUUACACGCCAUCAACAUUGCACAUAGGGAUGUCAAGCCCGAGAACCUCCUGUACACAUCAAAACGAUCAGACGCCGUGCUCAAACUGACAGACUUUGGGUUUGCCAAAGAGACCGUGUCACACAACUCACUAGCCACACCCUGCUACACACCUUACUAUGUCGCCCCAGAGGUCCUUGGUCCAGAGAAAUAUGAUAAGUCCUGUGAUAUGUGGUCCCUGGGGGUCAUCAUGUACAUACUUCUGUGUGGCUACCCUCCGUUCUACUCCCUGCACGGCCAGGCCAUGUCGCCCGGCAUGAAGACGAGAAUUCGGAACGGCCAGUACGGGUUCCCCGCCGACGAGUGGUCGGAUGUGUCAGAGGAAGCAAAGCAGCUGAUUAGGCUGUUGCUGAAGACAGAACCCACCGAGAGGAUGAAUAUCACAGAGUUCAUGAACCACCCCUGGAUACAGUCAAUGGAAGUUCCCCAGACACCUCUCCACACAAGUCGAGUCCUGAAUGAAGAACUAGAAGCUUGGGAAGAAGUGAAGAAGGAAAUGACCAGUGGCCUAUCAGAAAUAAGAGUGGACUAUGACCAGGUCAGAAUAAAAAAUGUUCAAGACUCACACAAUCCACUUCUGAUGAAGAGGAGGAAGAAGGCUGGCCUUGCAUCUUAAGAGCCACCAGGGCUACGAAACACACACACACACACACACCUCUUUAGUAUGAUUCUAAACACAACUACUUCACAUCCAGCAAUAAAGUUCAUAUUUUAGGUAUGGAAGAUUGCGUUUUUUACCCUGCAAGCAGUUUACACACAGUGACUUUAUUAUCUUCAGCUGUUUUCACUGAGAUUUUAUAAUCCUGUUGCAGUGAUGUAUCAUCAUUACUGCAACGUCUCUUUCAGAAAAUCCGUAAAUAAUCUGUUCCAUAUGGGAGCAGCAUUGCGGCCUCACGCAGAGCACUCAUAACGUGCACAUGUACACAAAGGCAAAUUACUAAACGCUUUUCUGAUUCCAUUCUUCUUUGUCCUCUCAUGUCUCAUGAGAACUGUCGCUCUCUACACAAAGUCUGAACACAAUUCACCACCCUGUGUUAAUAAAACUGCAGGUCUUAUCAUG